UGGUGGUUCCGCUCCCGCUCGCGCUCUCCCGCCGCCAUGUCGGCCACCAUCGAGCGGGAGUUCGAGGAACUGGACGCUCAGUGUCGCUGGCAGCCGUUAUACUUGGAAAUUCGAAAUGAGUCCCAUGACUAUCCUCAUAGAGUGGCCAAGUUUCCAGAAAACAGAAAUCGAAACAGAUACAGAGAUGUAAGCCUGUAUGAUCACAGUCGUGUUAAACUGCAAAGUACUGAAAAUGAUUAUAUUAAUGCCAGCUUAGUUGACAUAGAAGAGGCACAAAGAAGUUACAUCUUAACACUGGGUCCACUUCCUAACACAUGUUGCCACUUCUGGCUCAUGGUGUGGCAGCAAAGAAAAGCAGUUGUCAUGUUAAACCGAACUGUAGAGAAAGAAUCGGUUAAGUGUGCACAAUACUGGCCAACAGAUGACCAAGAGAUGCUGUUUAAGGAAACAGGAUUUAGUGUGAAACUCUUAUCCGAAGAUGUGAAGUCAUAUUAUACAGUACAUUUACUACAGUUAGAAAAUAUCAAUAGUGGUGAAACCAGAACAAUAUCUCACUUUCAUUAUACCACCUGGCCAGAUUUUGGAGUUCCUGAGUCACCAGCUUCAUUCCUAAAUUUCUUGUUUAAAGUUAGAGAAUCUGGCUCCUUGAACCCAGACCACGGACCUGCAGUGAUCCACUGCAGUGCAGGCAUCGGGCGCUCUGGUACCUUCUCUCUUGUAGACACCUGUCUUGUUCUGAUGGAAAAAGGAGAGGGUGUUAAUGUGAAACAAGUAUUACUGAAUAUGAGAAUGUAUCGAAUGGGACUUAUUCAGACACCAGACCAGCUCAGAUUCUCCUAUAUGGCCAUAAUAGAAGGAGCAAAGUACACACAAGGAGAUUCAAAUAUGCAGAAACGGUGGAGAGAACUCUCUAAAGAAGCUUUGUCUCCUGUUUGUGAUCAUUCACAAAACAGAACAAUGACUGAAAAGUACAAUGGAAAGAAAAUAGGUUCAGAAGAGGAAAAACUAACAGGACUUUCUUCUAAGAUGCAAGACACUGUGGAAGAGAACAGUGAGAGUAUUCUCUGGAAGCGUAUUUGAGAGGACAGAAAGGCCACCACAGCUCAGAAGGUGCAGCAGAUGAAACAGAGGCUCAAUGAAACUGAACGAAAAAGAAAAAGGUGGUUAUAUUGGCAACCUAUUCUCACUAGGAUGGGGUUUGUGUCAGUCAUUUUGGCUGGCGCUUUGGUUGGCUGGACACUGUUUUCUUCUCAGUGAAAUGUGCUAUAAAUAAACAGUUUCACCCAGCACCUUUCUGCACUGGUAGCUGACAGGGCUGCAUUAAUCUCAAGGGUUUGUUAGCAAAUGCCUCAUACCCCAGAAACGUUGCGGUAGACUAGACACCAACCAGUAAGGGAUACUCACAGUCACAAGCCCAACAUCUCAGGACUCAUCACUGCAGGUUCCUCUGAGACCCAAACUUCAAUGACUCAAAAUAAAGACAAACGUGCUUGUUGAAAACUGUUACAUCUUACAGCUGUGUUCACACAUGUCGAGCAUCAUGGUUUCACUGACCAAUAUUGAGAAAUCCUUUAUCACAAGGAUUGGCUUUUGGAGGCUUUCUGGAUUUUAACCUGCACUUGAUAUAAGCAAUAAACAUUGUGGUUUUUUUCUACAUUAUUAAU